AUGGCUGAAAGAUCGGAUCCUCAACCAUCGUCGUCCCGGGCACCAUCAGUCAAGUGCAAGGUUGCAGACAACUGCGAGGCCAAUGGAAUGACAAGGGAAGAUACACAAUUAUCCCAGAGCAAAGGGGAUAUCCUCCCACUGGAUGAUGGCAUAUUGCUUGCUCAAGGUCAUACGCCAGUUCUCAAGCGCACUUUCGAUCUAUUUGGAACACUUGGGCUGGGUUUUAGCAUUACGAAUUCAUGGCUAUCAUACGCCAGUUGUUUUGGACAAAGCAUGCUGUAUGGUGGACCACAAACUACUGUAUUUGGUUUGAUUGUGGCAUGUUUCGUACAAUGGCUCAUCACUCUGGGUCUGGCUGAACAGGCGUCGUCGUUUCCAUCUUCAGGAGGUCAAUACCAUUUCACGUAUAUCCUCGCGCCGGAACGACGUCGAAACUUUGCAGCCUUUUCAGUGGGUAUGCUCAGCGUUGCUGGUUGGUGGGUUAUUACAGCUUCCGGCAUCUCCAACAAUGUCCAGUCGAUCAUAGGUAUGAUCGUGUUUAUCGACCCUGAUUACGAGCCUCAAACAUGGCACUCGUAUCUGAUGUAUAUCGCACUCAUAUUUAUCACCCUCAUUCCAAUCUUUACGAUACCUCAACGUUAUCUCAAUUACUGGACCCAGAUGUGUCUAACGCUUUCGGUUUUGGGUUUCGUCGUUGUAACGGUUGUAAUACUCGCAAUGUGCAAGGAGUACAGGCCUGCUGGGGACAUUCUGCUCUUUGAUGGUGUCAGUGGCUGGUCCUCGGGGACCGCUUGGAUGAUGAGCAUAGGCAACGCAAUGUACGCCUUUGCAAGUCUCGAUGCCGUCAUCCACAUUGCUGAAGAGAUGAACAAUCCAGGCAAAGAGAUUCCCCGUGCCAUGAAUCUCACAAUGGUCAUCGGUCUUGCAACAGCUGUACCGUUCAUAGUCGCGAUGAUGUUUGUUAUUCAAGAUAUCGAUGCUGUGAGAUCGGCUCGACUACCUAGUCUGGAAGCAUUCUAUCAAGCCACAGGAAGUCAAUCCGCCGCUCUUGGGUUGCAAGGCAUCCUUACAGUUUUGUUUUACACUUGUAUGCCGAGUCAGUGGAUCACUUGUGGACGCUUAACGUGGGCAUUUUCUCGAGAUCAUGGCCUGCCGUUUUCAGAGUAUUGGAACUACAUUGAUCCCAUUCGAGGAUUUCCCGUGAGGACAACCUUUCUGUCCGUCGUGUUUUGUAUCAUUUAUGGCGUGUUGUAUCUGGCGAGUACUUCUGCCUUCAACUCCAUCAUCACAACUGCGGUGCUGGCCGUCAACAUAUCCUAUGUUGUACCACAAGCAAUCACACUUUUCCACGGCCGAAGCACACUACCUGCCGCGAGGCAGUUCAACCUGGGCAAAUUCGGCUACAUAUGUAACGCCUGGUCACCUCUCUGGGUUACGGUCAUUGGAAUCUUCAUUUGCUUUCCAAGCACAUUACCAGUGACUGCAGGAAACAUGAAUUACGUUUGUGCAGUGCUAUUCGUCUUGACUAUCCUAAUUGCUGGACUUUGGAUUACGGUGCGUAGGAAGUUUGAAGGGCCACACAUUGAUUGGGAGUUCUUAAAUGGGCGGCUGGAGGCUGAAGAAGCUUGA